CAUAGUGAACGUCGGAUUCAUGGAAUUUACUGAAAAUGUCUUCUAAACAUAAAGAUUUCCUUUCAUGGGAUGACGACAUAGAUUUAGAUUUGGUAUUAGGUGAUUAUACUGAUGAUGAGGCAAACAAUAAAUCGCAAGCAAGCACGAAAGAGCUGUGCUAUAUUUGUCCUGUUUGUGGCGCGGAGUAUAAAAGUGUAUCAGGAUUUCGAGGUCAUGUCAUGAAAAAACAUCAACAGAAUUUACGAGCAUCAGAUCACAAGAAAAACGACAACCAGAAGGGACAAGACAGUAAUUGGCCCAAAGAAGAAUUUACUAAGUUACAGACAAUCUUCCCUCAAGCCUUCUCAAACAGCUUAAAAAACAUCCAAACAAAUGAGCUAUACAAUAUUUUUGGAAAGUCGAUUGAGGCUGAAAUCGCCGAACAAUUAGAGAUGAACAAGGAGGUUGAGAAAUAUUUUGAAGAGAUAAUUACAAUCUGUCACAAAAACAACAACCUAUCUUCUACAGAAGAAAGGGAACUUCUCUUCAAAACAGUUCACCGUAUAAGGACUGACAAGGAAAUUGUUAGUAAAGGAGUGAUUUUGAUACAAUCAAGUGUAAAAGCACAAAGUGCAAAAGACAUAAACAACUUCCUCCAAAUUAUCAUUUUAGAAUUAAUUGCUGAAGUUAUUAAAGCAAGAAGGCAACUUGAAGAAAAAACAUCUGCAGCAAAAGUAUCUGAAAUAAGUGACUCAGACAACAAAGUCCUAUACUACAUAUCUGGGUACAUUAUCAAAUAUUUGGAAAAAAAACACUCAAAACAGAAAAAUAAACAACUAAGGGACAGAAGUCUUAAAACAGUGUCAGCAUUAACAAAUUCUUCUGGUGCAGUAUCCUUUACUGACAAAUUUUCAGUGUGGUAUGAUAAAAAGAAUCGAGGUGGACUCAAGAAGCCAUGUGAAGACUUCUUUUGCAUGAUUCGUGAAUUUGAGCGUGUUGUCAGGGAAAACCAAUACACUGAACACAACAUUGCCUCAAAAGAGGAAAUUAAGGAAAAGGUCCUUGAAGCUUUCAUGAUUCAGCACUAUGCCGACAAAUUAUUUUACUCUGAGUUGUCCUCUGAAGAGGAUGUCAGUGACAUGUGCUUUCUUGAAGACUGCCUUGAGAUUUUUUUAACAAUAAGAGGUUUUGCUAUGGCUAGGGCCAUUCAACGCACAAUAAGUAGAGGAAAGAUUUUUGACAAGUCAGCUCCAUCAAAAAGUCUCAGAGGAAGUUUGAAAAGCAUAUCAGGCGAUCAACUAAGCCGUAACUAAAUACAAUUGGUAGGUCAAUAAAGAAUAUGAACUCCUGUACAAAAUGUCACCAGGAUUUGAUGGCUUUGUAGAACUAUUACAUGUAUUUGAGUGAAACUGAAGGGCAAGAACAUUUAAUGUUUCUUGUAUUUGCUUGAAAGUAACAAUUCAAAGUUGUGUUUCCUUCAAUGUUUUUUUUCCCCUAAAUGUUGAUACAUAUGUUUCUAAUUUUAUACCAAUGAUAUGUGAAUUUUAUAUCUGGAAAUGUUACUCUUUAUUACAUCUUUAUCCUUAUAACAUAUUAUGUUCUAUACAAAUAAAAUAAUGC